UUUAACAAAAGAAUAAUUUGUUCCGUUGUUAAGAACUUGGAAACAUAUUCGGUUUGGGUACACAUUUAACGGUUCAACCUGACAAUCAUCCGAAGACAGAACCCUCGUACAAAAUGUCUACUUCAUGUUUUUGCAUUUCUCCCUCUCCUCCUCUUCUCUUCAUUCCACUGAAGCAAUGCUAGCUCCUUCUUUCCCCAACAACAUCCCUUCUCACCUUGGUCUCAGGCUUCUCAGGGCAGCAUUAAAUGUUCGAGAUUUCAAGCGUGCCCACCAACUGUUCGAUAAUAUUCUCCAACCAGACCCCACAACUUGUUCAACUCUGAUUUCAGCUUUAACCGCUCACGGACUUCCAAAUGAGGCCAUAAAGAUCUAUGCUUCAUUGCGGGCACGCGGGAUCAAUCCCCACAAGCAAGUCUUCUUGGCUGUUGCCAAAGCUUGUGCUGCUUCUGGUGAUGCCUUGAGAGUCAAGGAAGUUCAUGAUGAUGCGGCUCGGUGUGGGGUGAUAUCUGAUGUUUUCAUUGCCAAUGCACUGAUUCAUGCAUAUGGUAAAUGUAAAUGCGUUGAAGGUGCGAGACAUGUUUUUGAUGAGUUGGUUGUCAGAGACGUGGUUACUUGGACCUCCUUGUCCUCUUGCUAUGUUAAUUGUGGAUUUCCACGGAAGGGUUUGAAUGUUUUACGUGAAAUGGGAUGGAAUGGGGUGAAACCAAAUCCCGUGACUGUGUCUAGUAUUUUACCUGCAUGCUCGGAAUUGAAAGAUUUGAAAUCAGGUAAAACAAUUCAUGGAUUUGCAGUGAGACACGGGAUGAUAGAAAAUGUGUUUGUUUGCAGUGCACUUGUGAGCUUGUAUGCAAAAUGUCUAAGUGUGAGAGAAGCUCGAGCAGUAUUUGAUUUAAUGCCUCGUCGAGAUGUUGUGUCUUGGAAUGGAGUUUUAACAGCAUAUUUCACAAACAAAGAAUAUGAGAAGGGUUUCUCUCUGUUUUUGCAGAUGAGCAGAAAUGGAAUCAAAGCAGAUGAAGCUACAUGGAAUGCUGUUAUUGGUGGAUGCAUGGAGAACGGGCGAACAGAGGAGGCAGUGGAGAUACUUAGGAAGAUGCAAAAAAUGGGAUUUAAACCUAAUGAAAUAACAAUUAGUAGUAUCUUACCAGCUUGUUCUUUUUCAGAAAGCUUGAGAAUGGGCAAGGAGAUACACUGUUAUGUCUUCAGGCAUUGGAAAGUUGGAGACUUGACAAGCACAACAGCUCUAUUAUAUAUGUAUGCUAAAUGCGGCGACUUGAAUCUUUCAAGGAAUGUCUUUAAUAUGAUGCGUAGAAAAGAUGUUGUUGCUUGGAACACAAUGAUCAUUGCAAAUGCAAUGCAUGGGAAUGGAAAAGAAGUGCUUUUUCUCUUUGAUAAGAUGCUGCUAUCAAGGAUCAAGCCCAAUUCUGUUACUUUUACUGGUGUUCUAUCUGGUUGUAGCCAUUCAAGGCUAGUUGAGGAAGGAGUUCAAAUAUUCAAUUCAAUGGGUAGGGAUCAUCUUGUAGAACCUGAUGCUAAUCACUAUUCAUGUGUGGUUGAUAUCUAUAGCCGUGCUGGUCGCCUCAACGAGGCAUACGAGUUUAUUCAGAGAAUGCCUAUGGAACCAACUGCUAGUGCUUGGGGAGCACUCCUUGGUGCUUGUAGGGUUUAUAAGAAUGUGGAGUUGGCGAAAAUUUCAGCUAAGAAACUAUUUGAGAUUGAGCCUAACAACCCUGGAAAUUAUGUUUCUUUAUUCAACAUUCUUGUUACUGCCAAAUUGUGGAGCGAGGCUUCAAAAAUCAGAAUAUUGAUGAAAGAAAGAGGAAUUGCAAAAACACCAGGAUGUAGUUGGCUUCAAGUGGGAAAUAGAGUUCACACUUUUGUUGUUGGAGACAAAAGUAAUGUAGAAAGUGACAAACUCUAUAACUUUUUGGAUGAAUUGGUUGAGAAAAUGAAAAUGGCUGGAUAUAAGCCCGACACUGAUUAUGUUCUGCAAGAUAUUGAUCAAGAGGAAAAAGCUGAAAGUCUUUGUAACCAUAGUGAGAAGCUUGCUGUUGCUUUUGGGAUACUUAAUUUGAAUGGACAGUCGACAAUACGGGUUUUUAAGAAUUUGAGAAUAUGUGGUGAUUGUCACAAUGCCAUUAAGUAUAUGUCUAAGGUUGUUGGUAUUGUAAUUGUUGUCAGAGACUCCUUGAGGUUUCAUCACUUCAAAAAUGGAAAUUGUUCUUGUAAAGACUUAUGGUGAUUAUUUGAAUCAGACUAUUGGGAUUAACUGGUGACAGUGCUAUCUGAGCCUGUCAAACUCAAAUUUCAUUAGACUGUUUUACUAUGUGUACAAUGGUUAAAUACAAUUCCUGUUGUGCAUUCAAACAGGUUUAAAUUAUUUGUUGAGAUAUGUGCAAUAAAUAUAAUAAUUGAUAAAGCUGGAUUCAGAGAAAGACAGGUUCCAACAUAACGUCAACUGUGGUUUUUGGCUGCUAUUCCAUCUGUAGCUGCUGAUUUAUUGACUUUUCUCUUUAGAAACAGAACAUUGCAACUAAUAUUUACCCUUCCGAGUUCUGAUACAUGGAUUAUGGCUGGCCAGAUCAGAAAAAUUUGCUGGAUCGGUUAUUUGAAAACACACCUCUAACUAAUCAAGUAAGGAUUUAUCCACUCUUGAUAUAAUUUAAAGCACCACCUACAAUGCUUGAGGUUAGGGUUGCUUCAUGGUGUGGCAAGGAGGAUUCGACUCUGCUAGUUGUGGUUGGGGGAGGGCUGAAGUUUGCUCUGUUUUUUUCCUCCCCCUUUGUUGAUUUCUUAUUUUUCUUUCUAACUUUGAAACACCCUUGGGCUGUUUGAUAAAAUGCUUGUAUCAUUUCUUUUUGCAUACUUUCAAGGAAUUGAAUACCGGAUUUGAAGCUUAUAUGGAACCACCCGUGAUCAUUUGGAAUUAAUUCCUCAAUGCUAUUGUUGGAGUUUGGCUAAAAGAACAGUGUUAAACUCUACCAAAGAUGCAAUAUAAAUCUGGAAAAGGGUUUAAGGGAAUGGUAUUGUAAUUUGUGUGUCUGAUUUGUCUUCGCGAGAGCUACUCAAUAUUGAUGUUCAUAUUGCUGCUGCAUAUACAAAUUGUUGCACGCGGCCUUUGUAUGUGUUCAAAUAUAUUUUAAUUCUUUUGUUGCUUCGAAUCGGGUACAGAUUAUAAUACUACCAUGUACAUUAUGUAAAAAAUUGCACCAAUCUCUGAAGUACUAGUUUAUGCAAUUUGGUUUCUACCGGCAAUGUUGGUUAUA